UGCACCACGUGAAAAGCAAGGAAGUCUUUCGCUGAGUUGUAAUUGUGUGAAUGGUGACGAAUGGUGAGUUCUGGGUGCCGAAGAUUUCUCACAUGCAGAGAUCUGCUUCUCCUAGAGGUGUUCGUGUUGGGAAAUCGUUUUUCGAACUGUGGGCUGUCUUUUUGAGGAGGAACAGCGAACGAAACGCUUCGUGCAGAUAUCGUAAUGAAAUCAGCUCAGACGAAGAUCACCGAUGAAAAGGAGGAGAAUCAGAACAUCACGGUCGAUGGAAAGUUUUCAUUCGAAAACGAUAGCCAUCUUCGAACAGUCUUCGAUGCUCUAAACGAACAACGAAACAGCACGCGCUUUUGUGAUGCAGUGUUGAAGGUUGGCGAACGAGAGAUUAGGGGCCACCGAUCUAUUUUGGUCGCAGCCGUACCUAAAAUCCUCGAUAGACAAGUCAAGAAAGGUGAUACCGAGUUUAUAGUCGAUUUGGAAGGGUUAGAUCCUAACGCUGUGGAAGUUUUGGUGGAAUUUGUGUACACGGGCAAGCUCCUUGUCACUUCAGACGGCGUUCUGAACUUAUUCCAAGCCGCCAAAAGUCUUGGCAUGAAACAAGUUCAGGACUCAUCGGAGAAGUUUAUUCUCGAGAAAAUUCUUCCGCUGAAUUGGAUUGCUCUGAGAUCGUUCGCGGAGGGAAACGACUGCCCUAAUUUGAUGACGGCAAUCGACGAAUUUAUAGCGCACAACGUGGAGGACAUCUUCCAUAAGAAGGACUUUUUCCAGUUACCUCGGCUGCAGAUCGAACUUGCAACUACAAAUAACAGACCAGAAGAAAACAUUGAUCCGGUAAAUCUUUGCCAAAUGGCCUUAACGUGGGCACAGAAGCAGCUAGAGCAAGGAAAUAUCAGCUUGAGAGAACUAUUGGAGAAAACCCACAUUAUGUUCCUGACAGCCAAUGAGGAAUUAAAAGAGUGCACUAUAGAAGAUCUUGACUCUGGAGAUGAAAAAUCCAAGCUUAUCAUCACAGAGGCUCAACGUGAAUACAUCCGCUACACGUCACUUGAGCAGCUGGCUAAAGCUGAGGCAAGCACCAGUGAAGAUGAAGAGGAAUUGAUUGUUUUGAUGGAAAACAACAACAACAAAAGAAACAGAAACACUCAUAUGAUUCAGGAUUUCAAUGUGAUUGGUGCCACUCAAACCAGUGACAGUGGCUGUGUGGGUGUUGCUCAUGUCGAAGGGAUGCUGGUAGCCAUAUCCAUUCAUAGUCAAGCCCCAACAUGUGCUAACAUGUCAGACUCUGGUGACUCCUGCUGCUCCGGAGAAGAAUGGGUGCUCAUAGCCCCAAUGAGCAGAGGUCGCUGUAGUGUGGGAGCAGUCGAACUAAAUGGAAAGCUGUAUGCCAUUGGUGGUUAUGAUAGGGGCGACUGUCUAAACACAGUGGAACAGUAUGAUUGUGAGACAAAUGAGUGGAUGCCUGUCACAAGCAUGAACUCGCAUAGGGGACGGCUGGAGUCAGAAGUGGUGAAUGGGAAGAUAUUUGCCAUAGGAGGCUCCAAUGGAAACACUGAACUCAACACCAUGGAAACUUACGAUGAAUCUACCAACAUUUGGAGCUUUGGACCCCCCAUGAUACAAAGCCGAUGCAGUUUUGGAACAGGAGUUGUUGAUGGAUGCAUUUAUGCAGUUGGGGGCUACCAAGGUCCCAGAAACCUGAAAAGUGUUGAAGUUUAUAGUCCAGAGAAAGGGGAGUGGGCCAGGGUGUCCCCAAUGAACACAGAGAGAAACAACCUGUGUGUGGAAGCCUUGAAUGGAAAGCUAUAUGCAAUUGGGGGGUACAAUGGAUGGACUUGUUUCAAUACUGUGGAGUGCUAUGACCCUGAAGAAGAUCGAUGGUAUUUGGUUCCACCCAUGAAGACAGCCCGUCGGGGGGCUGGUGCAGCAGCACUUCAUGGUAAAUUGUUUGUGAUUGGUGGAUCUGAUGGCACGAAUUUCCUCAACAGCGUAGAGUGCUAUGAUCCCUCAACUGAUGAGUGGAAAACAGUGGCUAGUUUGAACAUUCCCCGCCAUAAUGUUGGAACUGUGGUCAUUAAAGACCACAUCUACACUGUGGGAGGUUUUGGUGGCACGUCAUUUCUGAAGAGCAUUGAAUGUUAUGACGCAAAAAAUGACAAAUGGAACUGUUUUGUUAGUUCCGAUUGAGAGAUUAGUUCAUUCAGAAACUGCAGCAUCGGCAUCUAUCUUGAUUACAAAACAAUUAUAAAAGAGUGGACUUCAUUUUAAUCCUGGAAAGGAUAUUGAUUUAGUUUUUCAUUGUAUUUGUAUUUGAGCUUCCUGGAUAGGUUUUGGAAGUAUAUUAUUUUUAAUAUUAAUUUAUUAAUUUAUUAGAGGUAGAUUUUAUAAGAUUUUGUAUUUUAGAGUUGAUGAACAUAGUUUAGUCCACCACUUUUCCAAAAAAAGUACAAACCAUGAGUGAUGCAAUCCUCCUUCAUUAACAUCAGUGAUUUUUCAGCCUUUGUAUUUUCAACCAUACCUAUAAUACAUUUAUCCUUGCAGAUUUGGUGCUUGCUCCUGACAAUAUUUUAUUUUAAAGUGACUCAUUUUCAGUCACAUUAAAAUUGAGGCUUUAGUGGAACUGAACUGAGUUUUUCACAUUUAGCCUGGAAAAGAUUACAGAAAUGUGAAACCUGUACUUAAUAUAUAAAUACUGUUAGAAAAAGGCAAACAAGCUCAGCUCAACUUAAAACAUGAGCUGUUAGUUGUUGAUUUGUACCUUUGUGGUGAUGCAGAAUGUUACAGUAGAUUCCAUAAUUUAACCUCUGUUAUGUCUGGUUAUCAGAGUUUUUGUUGGAAAACACAUUGGAGUUUGGAACUCAUGAAAGUUGACAUAAUUUAUUUAAAUUGGCAGAAUUUUAGCAGUAAUCUGGGAUCUGUCAGUGAACCCAAAGACAAAUUUGUGAUUUGAUUUUAGAGUUACAUUAAGGUUUUAAGUUAUUUGAUGUUAGUUGUUGAUUAGUUGACUGCUUAAAAUUUUCUUGCCAAUCAAAAACAAUUUACAGAGUGUUUCUAAUUUAAGUCGUGUUUUGAAACGAGAAAGAAAGAGAAGAGAAAGUUAUUUAGAGUUAAUGACUGGUCAAAAGUCAACAAAUAUUGAAUGGCAUGGACUUGAUUCAAUUUUUUCCUGCAGUUUCUUGUUUACUAUUAUGCUUAACUUAAAAACCUUAAAAACAUUGGCAUGUUAGGGAGCAGCUGAAUUAUGUAAUUUUUAGUAAACAAUGUGACGUGAAUUUUAUUCAGCUUGCUUUAGCUUAAUCACGUCAUCUUGAAGGGAGAGGAUAUGCCCUCUAGUGUACAACUACUGAUAUUUAUUAACACAUUGGUUGAGAUGCUCUGUGUUUUGGGGACGAAGUGUUGAAGAGCCAGAGUGACUGCUGAAAAAUGAUAUUUGAAGACUUUCACAGUAAAUGUAACACUAUUUAAAUAAGCAUUGAGUAAACCCAUCUAUGUGGUUGCAAAAACUUUUUUAAACAUUUUGACAUGCAAGGACUUGUUUAAGAUACUAUGUCUUUGCAUGAGUGUGAAUAAAAUAUGAUUAGUGAAA